AUGAAUGCCGGUAAUAUAACAGAUCUUGCUAAAAGUGAACUGAAAAAGGUUUUAGAUCUAUUUGAUGACAUCCUGAAGAACAAAUCACAUAUCCCAAGAGCUGUAUGUGGUAUAGGUCAGAACCCCUUUGCCAUUCCCAAAACGUUGGGAAAAACACGCUCGUUCAUUUUUUGCACGGUAUUAGGCAAACUGGCUGAGGAGCAGAGGAGCAACAAGAUGCUGGAGGAGGACAUGGCGUUGUUGGACAAGGCCUUGAGGCUGGCAAUGACCCCCGAUCAGCUUCGACGUAAAAACGAAAACCACUGCAGAAAGGUGCCCAGAACCUGUGCCCUACUUGACCAGAUUCCAGAAGCCAAUGGCUGCCGGCGAGGGCAAAUCAAGUACUCCGUCAUGCAUCCAGGGGUGCACGUGUGGCCUCAUACUGGGCCCACAAACUGUAGAAUUAGGGCCCACCUGGGGCUUAAGGUGCCGCAAGGGCCGAGGAUACGAGUGGGCAACGAGACCAGGACGUGGAAAGAAGGCAAGUUUAUCAUAUUUGACGACUCUUUCGAGCACGAGGUCUGGCACGACGGCAUCGACUUCCGGUUGGUCCUUAUCGUCGACUUCUGGCACCCGGAAAUUCCGGAACAUGAACGCCGCUCUUUGUCGCCGAUUUAAAUUGCUGCGGUGAUUCAAAAAAAAUUAUUAACGUCAUAUUUUACUUAUUCAUAAAGUCCAGUCAUACAAUAACAAUAUGUGUGUCUGUAUAGAAAUGACUUUCUCUUACAUGGGCAAAUUCAUAGAAAGGCAAAAUGACCAAUUUCAAAACGCAUGUAAUAGAUUCCUUAACGAAUGAUUGAUAAAUAUUUAAGACAUAAGGGCAGUCAUUUAUUUAAAUGUCACACAUUGUUUAGCAAGUGUAAUGGUCUUCAACGUUAUUUACAUGCCAAAUAGCAUAA